AUGGCUGUUCAGGUAAUUCGUCUCGGGGCCACCCCUGUUAGCCUGAGCUUGCUUUCUAUCCAGGUUUAUGCUUCCUCUUCAGAGAAGGAGACUUCCAAAAAGGAGUUGCUGAAAAUUGAGGAGCUGUCACUCUACUCCUCUCCAGCUCAUGAGACUAAAUAUGUGGAGGAUCCACAAACCCAAUUGGAAGAGGGUGUUUCACGUUUACGGCAUGUUAUGGAGCCAUACACAGCCUGGUGUCAGGAUCUUUAUGCCAAAGCUAUGCCCAAAUUAGAAAAAGCUGUUGAGCAUGGUAGAGAGGGCUGUGAAUUUCUCCAAAACCCCCCUGCUGGAUUUUAUCCAAGGCUUGGUGUGAUAGGUUUUGCUGGAAUUGUUGGAUUGUUUCUUGCUAGAGGCUCAAAAAUAAAGAAGUUAGUGUAUCCCGCAGGUCUCAUGGGUGUUGGUGCCUCCAUGUAUUACCCUCAGCAAGCGGUUGCUAUUGCAAAGGUUGCUGGUACACAGCUGUAUGACUGGAGUCUUCAGGGAUAUAUUGCUGUAGAAUCUCUUUGGAAGGAUAAUUCUAAGAAGAAGAAAUCUGGGAAAAAAAAUGAUAAGGGUGAUGCAGAUGGUGACAAGCCCCUGGAAAUCCAUGCUGCUUCAAAUGAAGAGCGAGCUCAGAAGUAGAACAUCAGAUCACUUGGCAUCAGACAGGUGAACAAAAAACGUAGGUGUGAGCAACAAUUUCCCAAGAAAAAGAAGAAAAUCAUCAUCUGAAUCCAUUUUGAUUUUGAACGUGACUGAUCAGCCUUCUGCCUCGGGAAAGACUGAUGGUGUGCUGCUUGGGCUUCUGGUAUGGAAUCUGUGAAAGGACACUACGUAUUUUGGGUCAGUCUAGAGACCUUGUCCUCAAUUCUGCAGUGGGACUCAAGUCUGCUCAUGCUUGUCCCAUUGCAGGAUCAGCACUGCAAGUAGCAAGUCUCAAAAUUCCUCUUGUUAUUAUUUAUAUAUAAAAUAAAAUUCCAGUUAUACAAAA